CCCGCCCCGCCCGGUGGUGCGCGGUGGUCGGCGCUGCGAGGCCCCGCGACGAGGAUGCCACACACAACCCAGCUGUACCAGCAUGUGCCGGAGACAAAACUGCCCAUCGUGUACUCGCCCCGCUACAACAUAACCUUCCUGGGCCUGGAGAAGCUGCAUCCCUUUGAUGCGGGGAAAUGGGGCAAGGUGAUCAGCUUCCUGAAAGAGGAGAACCUUGUGUCCGACUGUGUGCUGGUGGAGGCACGGGAGGCCUCCGAGGAGGACCUGCUGGUGGUGCACACGAGGCGGUAUCUCAACGAGCUGAAGUGGUCCUUUGCUGUCGCCACCAUCACCGAGAUCCCCCCGCUCAUCCUUCUGCCCAACUUCCUGGUGCAGAGGAAGGUGCUGAAGCCCCUUCGGACCCAGACCGGAGGGACCGUGAUGGCGGGGAAGCUGGCUGUGGAGCGAGGCUGGGCCAUCAACGUGGGUGGCGGCUUCCAUCACUGCUCCAGCGACCGGGGCGGGGGCUUCUGCGCCUACGCGGACAUCACGCUGGCCAUCAAGUUUCUGUUUGAGCGCGUGGAGGGCAUCUCCAGGGCCACCAUCGUUGAUCUCGAUGCCCAUCAGGGCAACGGGCACGAACGGGACUUCAUGGGCGACCAGCGCGUGUACAUCAUGGACGUCUACAACCGGCACAUCUACCCUGGGGACCGCUUUGCCAAGCAGGCCAUCAGGCGGAAGGUGGAGCUGGAGUGGGGCACAGAGGAUGACGAGUACCUGGGCAAGGUGGAGAGGAACCUCGAGAGGGCUCUCCAGGAGCACCCGCCCGACGUGAUGGUCUACAACGCCGGCACCGACAUCCUCGAGGGUGACCGCCUCGGGGGCCUGUCCGUCAGUCCACAGGGCAUCGUGAAGCGGGACGAGCUGGUGUUCCGAGUGGCCCGCGGCCGCCGGGUGCCCAUCCUCAUGGUGACCUCGGGCGGGUACCAGAAGCGCACGGCCCGCAUUAUUGCCGACUCCAUCCUGAACCUGUUUGACCUGGGGCUCAUCGGGCCUAAGCCCCCCAGCACCUCAGCACAGGACUCAGACACGUGUCUGCUGUCCCAGGAGGUACCCUGACCGCAGUGCCCCCGCCCCCCAGCGCUUCUCCUUUUCUAACCACACGGGGUGCUGGGGGCCUGGGGCUCGUCUGCCCGGCCUGCUCUAGGGGCCUGGCAGGCAGCCCCUCCGCUCGCCCCCCUGGGUGUUGGAGGGUCUCCAGGCCACUCGGGUGGGCAGAAGGCAUCUCCGGGAAGCCAGCAUGCGGGUCAGUGGCAGGUCUGGCCAGGCCCUGGGGGAGCAGGCGGUUCGCCCAAGGAGAGAGGCCGGCAGGUGCGGCUCUGGAGCUGCAGGGAGGCCCCAGGGGUCAGGGUGCUCCGGUCUAACAACCAGCCAGGAGGCUCUGUCUCCUCGAUGGUUGGCCCCCCUUCUCUGAGGUUCUGUGACCUGAGGAGCUGGGCAGCCUCGAGGGGGCGCUGAGAGCUGGGGUGGAGCCUUGGCCCUGGUGUGAGCAGUGGCAGGGGGGCCCGGGUGUUCCCACCUGGCAUUCCCCAGUAACGGCUGGGCCCGUGGAACCCCCAGUCCCUGUGUCCGCCCGUCUCACCUGCGGGGAGAAGGGCCCUUUGGGGAAGAGGGCUUGGCUCAGGGCCUCAGUGCUGGAGGCUAAUCGGCCGCUGACCCUGUGGUGGGGGCAGACGAAGGUGAGCAGGUGGGCAGCCUUGGGCUGACAGACGGGGCAGGUGGCCAAGCCGGCCCUGCAGGAACUGAGGCCCCGGGCGGGAGCCCUGGGAGGCCAGGCUAGGGCUUCAGGAGGGAGCUGUGAGGGAGGGGGCUGGGCAGCGCCCGGGCAGCCUCACCCAAAGUCCCUGGGGCCCUGGUCACACUGUGUCCGGUCCCGAGCGGGCCCUGACCUGCCCUCAGCUCUACUCUGAAGGGGACACGAAGGCCCCCAGAAAGCAGGGCUGAAGGAGAACCCACUGCUCCAUGGCCUGGUGUUCUCAGGGGACAGACAAGGGGCUGGAGGGGUCCCUGGGUCCCUGGGCCACCUACCAGAUGCGCGUUCAUUACCAUCGGGGUGCUCCCGCCUCCCCCUUCCCCUCCUGCUCCCUCCCACCCCCUCUGACUGAGCGGGCUGGGGCGGGGUAAAAGCUCCAAGACCGUGAACGGAGAAUGCUGACCUGGACAAGACCUGAGGCACUAACCACGCACUGAGCCCCGCCCGCCUUCGUGGUCCGUCUGCCCCGAGGUCACUGCCUUCACCCCGCGCGGCUGGUGGCACCUGGGUGAGGCCGGGCGGCACUGCUGAGCUGUCUGUGCAGAGCCGCAGGCUGGUCCCUGUGUCCUCGAUGUGGAGUAAAGGGAAUGGACGGGCGCGCACCCUGAGGCUUCGUGGGAGCUGUCCGGGGAAGGCAGCAUCACUGUGUCCUCCGCGUCCCACGAAGGGGGUCACUCCCGCCCCGUAGACGAGACAGCUGGCCCAGCCGGCAGUGCCGCCGACAGCACGCCUG